GUCUCUCUUUACAUUCCUCCUCACUUUAGGCCAUCGACCAUGUGGUUCAAUGGACCUGUUACAGAAGCCGUAUCUCUUGUGAAUACUAAGAAUUGCGUGUUUGUUGUCUAUAUAUUUGAUGAUUCCACGAAUAGUCAGCAGCUUGAUGCAGCACUAGAAAACGAGACGGUUGUGCAAAAGAUAACAUCGGACGCAGUGGCGCUGAAAAUGCACAAGGAUUCAGAAAAUGCAAAAUUAUUUCAGCAGCUAUAUCCGAUGCCGCAUAUCCCUAUCUUGUACUUUAUAAGACAGGGCACGAUUAAAGAGUUUGGAACGCAAGAUUCCAGUGCAGAAGAAAUUAUUGCCAAGAUUGACCAGGCCGCUCAAGUAGUAGCAGCACCAUCUUCAGCAACUUCAUCGCCCGUUCAUCCUGCUCCACAGCCAGCCACAUUUAACUCACCAAUCCCGCAGCAACAUUUCGUUGCUACCUCGUCUUCAUCCACUAGUAACAAUCCUUCCUCUGCCACUACUACGAACGAUCCUGUAAAUGCUGCAUCGUCUUCGCCAGAUGCUUUAGCGAAAAAAGAAAAACUUCGAGAGCAAAUGGAAGAAGCAAGAAAAAAGCGCGAAGAAAAGGAAAAACAGGAUGCUCGCGAACGCGAAAUGAAACGACGCGAGGAUGGAAAAGUGAUGCAGCAAACAAAACAACAAAUGGAGGAUCAGCGAAACAAACAGCAUUUCGCAAAGAUCAAGAAAGAAAAGAAAGAGGAGGAGGAGCAUCGCCGAAAGAUUAAAGAGCAAAUUGCCCGAGAUAGAGCCGAACAAAUUGCCGCGAGACAGGCUGCUGCAAAGAAACGUCAAUCAGAGAGUUCGCCUACCACUUCUCCGCCAGUGGGAGAACGGAAAAGUGCCAGCGGACAACAGUAUGAUGCAAGCAGCAUCAGUAUUCGGCAAUUGGAUGGAUCAUCACUACGAAACAAGUUUCAAGCAACCGAUACAUUGGCUGCUGUAAAAGAUUGGAUUGAUCAGAACCGUACCGAUGGUGAUCAACCGUACAAACUCCUAGCACAAUUUCCAACGCGUCAAUUCAGUAUUGGAGAUGAACAAAAAUCGCUUCGUGAACUUGACCUAUGUCCGAGUGCUACCAUCAUCAUGAAAGGCAUUAAAAACGUUAGUCAUGCAUAUGGUGGAGCUGGCGGUAAUAGUGGCUCAUACUUUGAUCAUGUAUAUUCUGCGGGAGGCAUGCUAUAUAAUGCUGCGAGCGCGGUGGGAUCUACAAUGUCGGGGGUGAUGUACUCGUUAUUCCCAGCAGAACAGGCAACAUCUUCUGGUGCAGAUCCGACAACACCUGCUGUAGGCGCAUAUCCUGGUGCAUCGGCGGCUUCUGCUACUCCUACAACAUCAUCCUCUGCUACUUACGGUGGACAACGACUCGGCGGUGGCUCACCACGACCUGGACCGAGAUCAAACGGAAGCAACGUAAACACGCUUCGAACAAGUGAAUUUGACGAUGAUGACGAUGGUCGGACGUAUAAUGGAAAUUCUCUGAAUCAGGAGUAAGAAAUAAAAAGGUGACACGGUUGGUUGUUGCUGCUGCUACCUUUUAUCACUUCUUCUUUACGUUCUUUUAGUCGUUUGUAUAUUUGCGCUUCCUCCCUCUCUUAAACCCUAUAUUAAUAAAAAACGCAACUGUACAAUAUGAA